UUUACAAAGGGACGGCAUAACUCCAAAAAUGAAAAGAAACAGAAAUUGGUAAAGAUUUCUGUUGGAGUAAUGAGGAGGAUGGAUGGCUGCCUUAAACCUGUGAGAGGGAGGUCACUUCCCCUUGAUGUUGAACCUCAAUGGGCAUGUGAAGAACUGUUGGCUGCUGCCAUAAAAAAGCAGAAAGCCUAUAACCAGGACUUCGAAGAUGGUGCCCAUGUCUUGUUGUACCCUGAUGCGAGGGUGAUAACAAAUAUCCCCGGAACGGACACCCCUUUCACAGUACAGAUGUACAAAGAGGCCAUUGGAAAGCCCUACCAACGAAUUACGUUGUACAUCUGUACUCUUGAAGCCGUUGAAAACAGUUGUUACACUGGAACAACCUCUUCAAGUGACGAGGACAGUGUGGUUGUUGCAAAGUUGCCAUCUGGAGACAGUCUUGCUGACACCGUGGUGUGGGACUUUCCAAAUGAACAGAGCACUCCCAGAAUGGACAACAGUUUGCCAGGACCUCUCAGGCACCCACAACCAGCGUCUGAUCGGGAUGGAGCACCAACCCCAUUCCAGGAAGAGGUCCAGUCUGCCCCGGGUCAGAACACCUUCUAUAGCAACUACACAAAUGUGUAUGCACCGAUCAUUAUCGACAGCCAGUCUGAGCCAGAAGAGGAAACGGAGCAAACUGCAGAGGAAAGCACAGAAUACCUGACUGCGCCAGACGUUGUUGCAGAACUCUCUGCAAAAAUAAAAAAUACCUCUUGCAGCAGGUUUAAUAUUAACCGAUCCAAUGUGUGGGAUGGAGCAAUCCGCGGCUUCAAACGGGCCUCAUUCGACCCCUCUCAUCAGAUGCAGGUUAAGUUUACUGAUGAUGAGGGACAAACUGAGGAUGGAGUGGACACUGGUGGUCCCAAGCGGGAGUUCCUGACCCUCCUUAUGGAAUGCCUGAGAAUGAGAAGAAUAUUUGAUGGUCCACAGGACAGGAAAUUCCUCACGUUCGACAAUGCAGCUGCAAAAGAUGACGAAUACUUUCAUGCUGGGAGGAUGAUUGCAACUUCUAUAGUUCAUGGUGGUCCAGGCCCCCGCUUCCUGUCAGAGACGCUCUACCAGCACCUCACUGGAAUGAAAAACACCAACAUUGAAGCCAUCAUUGAAGACAUUACUGAUGACACUAUGAGAGCUUCCCUGCUUGAGAUAUCCAGCGCAGCUACAUUGGAGGAACUACAUGCAUCAAUCCACAGAAAUUCCAGCUUGUUGCAGACUGCAGGUUGCUUGCAGUACCCUGAUGGUGUGGAUGGCAAAAACGCAAUCAUAAAGGAUUUCAUGCAGUGGUACAUCAUUUACCGCAACCAUUUUGCCAUACAAAGGAUUAAACACCCUGCCACCAUCUGGAAUCCAGCCGAGACCCCAAUUGGUUUUUCACCGGACAUCUCGCUUUCCAAUCGGCAGAACCUGCUCAAACACAAUCGAAAUACCAAUGUCAAGCACCUACGAACAGUUUGA